AUGUCUGGUUACAAGAAUCCCGGUGCAUACUCCCGCAUUCAAGCGCCAGGCUACAGGCCAGAUGUUUGUUGUCUGCGAACUGCCUGGCCAUCGGCCAUCGGCCAUCUACGAUCCCUGGACUUUCUCUUCCGCGCGCCAACAAGCUCACAAAAGCCGGGCGAUGACCUGUUGGCCAACUUUAGGCAACAAUUUCCGGAAGUUGCUGCCGUCACCUCGGAAGCGUCUGCACCAACUAUUGCUCAGGCUGCAUCUGCCGUCGACCACCCCAUCAUCAACCUCCCCCCUCAGGAUCAGAGGAACCCAAAUGUCGAAACCGACGUAUUUCGAGACCAAGAUCCUACGCCCCGAGCAUCUCAUGAGCCAUGGAGAUUCACCCCUUCCCUCCUGGACCCGAACUCGUAUGCUUUCAAUGCCUUUGCUAGUACCCAACCCGGGUAUUACGUGCCAACCCCCGGGGGAAACAACCCGCUCCUCCAUUCGCAGGCAGGAGACUUGCAUACCCCGACAAUAGCAGCCGGUGGACUUUCUACGCCGCUGUCUCUACCAAACUCUGGCGAUGCGCUUCAUGCUGGCGCGACUGCCAUGGACUUGUCCGGGUUCCAGGCCCUGCCACCCCACCAGUUCCAUCACUUCAAUCCAUUUAUCCAUGGAGCAGCCUUUGCGACCACUUCGUUUGUCCACCAGGAUACUGGAUAUGAAACUAUGGAUCAAGAUGGUGUUGUCUUGGAAGCAGCACCGCCAGAACACCGCGUGCCCUCGAUGGUCCCAGCGGUCCUGCAGCAGCCGCAGGCAGUUGGCCAUAUGAUGCAAAUGGGCCACGCACUGCCGCCGAAUGCCGAGAAAUUUCGUUUUCACUGCACCUUGAAUGCGCCUACCGCCAUGAUCAAACAAGCCGAUGAGAUCCCGAUAACAUAUCUCAACAAGGGACAGGCUUAUUCACUCUCGGUUGUCGACACAAGCGGAACCUUUCCGAUUCCACCUGGUACCAAGUACAGGACCUUUGUACGUGUUUCAUUCGAGGAUGAGGAGCAGAGACAGAAAUCUAGUGUCUGCUGGGGCCUGUGGAAAGAAGGCAGAGGCACCAACGAGGCCCAUCAUAGAGGUGGCAAGCUUCAAGCCGUGGAGUACGUCGAAGCGGGCCAACCGGCAGAGAAUGACGAUAAACGAGCACGCAUCGAGGUAGAAAGUGCAUCAUUUGAUGGGUUUUGCGUUACGUGGACUCCAGGAGCGAGUGGUUCUCAUGACGUCAACCUUGCCGUUAGAUUCAACUUCCUGUCCACAGAUUUCAGCCAUUCAAAAGGAGUUAAAGGAAUUCCGGUACGACUGUGUGCGAAGACUAGCCUUGUACCCGCCGAUGGCUCCUUACAAGAUGCAGAAUCGAGCUCUGAAGUUUGCUUUUGCAAAGUCAAACUUUUUCGAGAUCACGGAGCUGAGAGAAAGCUGUCCAACGACAUUGCCCACGUCAAAAAGUCGAUUGAUAAGUUGAAGCAGCAGCUUGCACAGAUCGAAAGCGGCAUGAAGGACAUGGGUAAGAGAAAGCGGAUCAGCAGUGCUACCAAGGGAAGCGAUCCACAGCGACCGGGAAAAGUGCAGAAGCACAAACGGACCUGGUCCAUGUCGUCGACUAGCUCUAAUGCCGGGUGCGGUGGAAGUCGCAUGACUUUGGAAGAAGACCUGCAAAUCAAGCUGCAAACGCUGCAAGAUAUGUUUACAAGCACCAGACCCGUCAGCAUUCUAUAUCUGAGAGGAGAGGACUUGGACGAUCCCGACCUUCACCCCGUAUCUCUUCCCGGAGAUAUGUCUCCUCCAAACAAACUGGAAGUCUCCCGUGAGGGACCUAACUGGCAAGCUCGCAGUACGAAAUCCUCGGUUGCAGGGUCCAUGGUAUCUCCAUCGCCCAGCUCCUUGUCUCUCGUCUCUCAGGCAUCUGGCAUGUGGCAGAAUAUCGAUAACACCACCGCUUCAGGGAAGGCAUUUGAGCAAAUAUCAAGAAUACCUCGAAUGGACGAUGCUGGCACCUUGAGUGGAUGGAUCGAGGCUCUUGGGGUUGAUCCGUCAUAUCGGCCCCCCGCAGAGCAGGCUGAAAAACCUGUUGCCUGUUUCUAUGUCCAGUAUCGCGACAAGUCAGAGCAAGGGAAACCGACAUAUUACCGAGCCAUUUAUCUUUCGAAGCGAACCGUAGAAGAAUUCAAUGGUCGGAUUUCUAGCAAAUGGGGCGUUGAACCUGCGAAAGUUUUGCGCUCUCUACGUGUAAUCCAGGGAGGGCUGGAGGUUGAAAUGGAUGAUGAUGUUAUCCGUGAACUCAGGGAAGGGCAAGAUAUGCGACUGGAAAUCGAAGAGGUAAUUGAACAAUCCUCGCAGACCAAGCGCGAAUGGGAGAUGUUAUUGGACGAGACCGGAGCUGAUGGCGACGACGUUGCACCUUUUGCGAAGGGCUUUGUGCUUCGGCUGACCUUUUAA